AGUAUUGUAAUUAUUAUUUAUAUACACUGUAUAUAGCUAUAUACACACCCCGCCAUUGUUGUGUAAACAAUUUAAAAAAACUUGAAAAGUUGCAAAAUGGCGUGUCCAUCAGGUUCUGCCAACUGCAAGCAGAGGAGCUCUCUAGAACAGUUGAUAGAGGAGAUCAACUUUCAGAGGGCUAAGGAGAUGAGACAGCUACUAAAAGACGACAGCGGGUUUGUGAUGCUCAACGGCUCCACCUACUGGACGGACCUGUUUACGCGCCACUUCCUAAUGGAGGAGGAUCGCACGGCGCAGGAGUCGGACGAUCUGCUCUUCUUUAUACGAAAACGACAUCUCAAGGAAGCCAAAAAACAGAGCCCCAAGUAUGAGACCCUGCUGGAGGUACUGCGGCGUGACAGCAAGAAGCUGCCCAUCGGCGACCCGGAGAUCGACUGGGAGGAAACCAUCUACGCCAACCUCAUCAUCCACCGGUUCGACUACUACGUAACCCUGGCCGUGUGCACCCGCACCAGUCCUAAAGAGCUGCAGGUGCUCCGGCGACACACGGAGCGCGUGUGGGCGUCGCCGAGCCGGCGACUGAUGAGCGACAAAGGCACCUCGGAGGAGAUCACCUACCCCAACAUCUGCUUCAUGCUCGACAACUUCGACGAGGCUUUCACCGACAUUGUGGUCCGAGAUGGAGAGAUGGUCUCGGUCGAGCUGGUGGCUCGAGACCGCACGGCCGCUCUGCAGUGUGUCAUCUUCCUCGGUUCGGUCCGUUACGACGCCCUGCGCAGAGUCUACGACGCUAGGACGAGCCUGACGACCAGGAUGGCGCAGAGGAUGACGUUCGGUCUGUACUCGGGCGCCGACGCGCAGCGGAUGGAGUUUGUCCGAGUCCGCGGACCGAUGGGCAAGGGUCACGCAGAGCUGGCCGUCACCAAACCGGCCGAUGUGGAGUGUCUGUCUCCCACGGCCAGUGAGCCCGGCUGCUCGCUUACUGACCAGCUGGGCGGCGCAGAAGCUCGAGAGUACUAUCAACACGCUCAGCGUCGUGCCAGUGAUCCGAGCGGCAACUUCCACCACCUGAUGAAGGCCAAUCUCCGAAUGAAGUCCCCCUGUGCGGGCCCCGGCGGCUGCUCCGUGGAGCUGGGACCUGAGCUGGCAGAAGACUCGGUCACGGAGAUUGAGGCCGGCGACCCACGAGCUGGCAUGAAACUGUCAGUGGCGAAGAGCAUAGACUCCAUCAGUCAGAAGGUGGCUGCUGCCGGCGCAAACCAGCUACGUGUAACGUCUUCUACCAAACAGACUUCCGACCGUAGCGCCGACGAAGAGGACGACUCAAAUAGAACGCUCACGGCCACCUCUAGCUCCGGAAACACACCGCUGAGCCCAGAGACUGGCGAGCGGCUUACAUUGGAGCAUGGCACGAAAUCGAACGACGCAGUGUCUCCCAGUCCCACAGAAGGCGAGGAAGCCCGGGCAGAUGUGACGGUGGAUGUGGCGAAAGACCGUGCUGAAGCGUCUGCUACUUACAAAGAUGUUGGACGGACUUCCGCUCCCGAGGCGGACACAGAGAUGGGGACACGAGAGAGUACCGAGGAGGAUACGACUCGUGAGCUGGAGCGGAUUCGCCGGGGCUGUGAUACCGGUGGAAACACGGACAGUGCUAGAAAUGCUCGGACUAAGGAGGACAUAAGUUCAGGCACUGACAUCACUGUUGAAACUAGUGUAGAACCGAGCAGCGGGAGUGCAGUGAAUGUGAACGCAUCUGCUGAUGCGGCUACUGUCACGUGUAAAACUUCGGACACCACCAUCACAGACACUGCUGCUUCCUCCACUGCUUCUACGGCUGCCGCUACCACAGUCUCCAGCUCUCCCGCUUGUAGCGUUACUGCCUCCGUCACCGCCUCCAGCCCUACCGUCACCGUCGCGCCGAGCGUCACCGUCGCCCCCUCCGUCACCAUGCCGGCCGCAUCGGCACGGGCCGGCUUCGUGAGACGAUCAUCCUGCUGUGACUCUGCUCGGAGUCGGCCCUCGGCGAGACACCCCAUCGUCACCCCGGGCAUGCUGUACCGUCGCGCCUGUGGUCAGGACGGCGCGGCGUCGGCGGCAGCAGCGGGGCGAUGUCAGUGUGCACGGACACCGGACGGCACCGUGGUCCACUACCGGUGUCACGUGCAGCAGGCCUUCCUCAGGCAGAGAGAGCUGGAUGACGGCGUCUGUAACCCGAUUUGGUCCAUGCGCGGCUUCUCUCAGACGUUCAACUUUUGGAGGGAGACGAAGCGGACGUCCAGCCUGCCGCUCAGCACCUACCUGACCUACGUGAUGCUGCCCUGGCAAACCAUCAUCAGUGAUAUCAUAGCUGAAGAGAACAGGCAAGAUCCGAUUUUAUCUUUUUAAAGUCGUCUCAGAUGCAACGGUCAUCGUCUAGUCAAGCUUCCACGCAAGUAUUUGUAUUUCUUCGCUACAUCUCUCUCCCUCUCCUCUUCCGUGUACCGUCAAUCGUAUGCACUUUUACUCUUAGCUCCAUUACUCCAUCGAACUAUUGGAGCGUGCGAUAUUGACAACACAACGGUUAGCCUUACGGGCUAGCCCUCGAAGCCGACAGUUCAAUGCGCACAGUUUUACACGGGUUCGCGUGAGCUUUAACCCAGUUCUCUGCGCGACGUCAGUGCUUCAUACCAUAAGACCAACGUGCCUCCAAGUGGCGAACGCCCCUGAACGGAAAGGGUGGCAAAUUCAGAACGGUAAAGCAAACGGUUUCAUACACCUAGUGCGUACUGCGUAGCGUCACGCACUGUGAGACUGUGAUUUAGCAUGUAGCCCGUAUUGGGGCGAGCUGAAAUAGGCCCAACAGGGAUCUGAAAUGCAUUAUCUCCAAUGGAGACUGUAGAAUGGUCUCAACAGUUGGCGCAUCCUUUAAACAGAUAUUCAAUCACCUAAUGAAGACGUAAUACAUGACGGGGCAUUGUCAAAGCUUCCCGUAUACCUAAAUGAUGCUUUUUGACAAGUGAUUGGGUGAUCGGUGCCAUUGCGCUCAGCCUAGGCUCGUGAAACAAAUGUAUCGAUAUUUUGUAGCGCCGCAGUCGGUCGUGCUUUUGUGAUAUUGGAUGGGCGUUAGGUGCAGAUAGUUGCUAAAUGCAAUCGGUACAUUAAACCCUUUUGUGUUUCAUUUACUAUUUUAUGCUUCCUGCUUAUUUAUGCUACUUUUUAGGAGCAACUCAGUGGCAAUGUAUUCUUGUGGCUACUGAAGUUUUAUGUACUGUUACGGUUACAUUCCUAGGUUAAAUAAUCGCAGUAUUUUUUAAUAUCGUGAUUAGGAUGGAUUGUAAUAAUACAUUAAACGAGUAAAUAUUUACAUAUGCCAGCACUUUUUAGACACUUUUAAUGUUUUCGGCUAAAGAUCCCUGAAUGUUAUCGGAAAUACCGCCUGGCAUUGUUAUGAAGUCCUACGCAAAACCGGGUCUGAGAUAUUGUGCAUUAAUAGCCUAAUAGGUAAUCUUUUGUGUAGCUUUCAAUAACAUUGUCGGGUUAGCUCAUUUAAUUAUUACGUUCCUUCAUUGUCUUUCGUGAUUCAGAUGUCGUAUAUUGUGUACUGUCUCCGUUGUUUGCUCGACGUGCUCUUAUUCUUGUUGUGUUUUCGUGUGCUUCUUUUUUGUGUGUGUAUCUGUAUCAGAUUUCAUAGCUAGUUUUAGAGUCACCCCUCGUGGUCAAUGUUCAUGCAAUUGACCGUUAUGUGGGUUGGAAAAAGUACUAUUUUCCUAUACGGCUAGUUUGAAUACGUGUAAUUGGCGUUCCGGCAUAUUUGUUCAUGUUUUAUGUCUUUAUAUCAUUUAUAUUACACUAUUUUAGUCGUAACGGGUGUCCGUACGUAACGGGCCAUCCUUUUGAAUACAGGGUAUCUGGCUUCACAUUACGAAGUUAACUGAUACCGGCGUCAAUUUGGUUUUAAUGGCAAGUUUCAGGCUCUGUAUAACACAAAGUGCCUAUAAUGGUACAGCUUUUUAAGCUUGUAUGUCAGUUUUACAUUUGGGCUUUAAAUACACGGCAUUUAUGCUACAAAAUAUC